ACGUAUGUGUUCAUGUGGUUAUAAAAUUUUUAAUUGAUAUGUAACUUUAAUUAUGGAAGUCGAUGAAUUAUCACACAAUGUAUUCUACUUAUUACUGAGAAAUGAAUAUAAAAGAAAAUAUGACUUUGCUUUAAAGAAAUGCUGGACAAUUUGUGUACCAUGUACAGAUUCUUUGAGAGAAAUUUCUAUUACAAAUGAAUUUAUUGACGAUCACGUGCUAAAGCCAGAUUCAGAAUCAAAUACACAAUUUAGAUCCACUGAUGAAGGAGAGACACAUUUGUAUAAAAUAGAUAAUUGUGUAAUAAAAUUAAUCAAUGAUGAUGAAUCGAAUCAUGAUUAUAAAGUUAAUAUUUUAUCAUUUGAAAAGGGCUAUAACAAGGAAUAUCAAGCGUAUAAUAUGAUAAUUGUGGAUAAACCAGUACACAGAAAAUACAGAAUAAUAAUAACACAAAUAUCACAAUCCGAUAAAUUGGAAUUAAAUAGAAAUAUUUUAUCACAUAAAGAAGCGGUAAAUUUUUUAAACGAACUUCAAAAUAAAAAAUUACUUAAUAUAAGUGAUUUAGUAUUCAAAGUUAAAAGUAUUGAUAUAAAUCAAAAUAAUUCCAUGGACGAUUUAAAACAAAUAUUGCAAAAGUUAAUUUGUAAUUACUGGGCGAUUAUUAUGCGCAAACAAAAAUUAGAUAUUCAGCGUGACGCACGUUUUCAAAAAUUAUUAAGCAUAUCUUUAGAAAUAUUUGUUAUGCACCAAAUACACGAUACCUUAUAUUUUAUACUUGGUAAUUUAUUCAAUCAGCAAGACUUAGGUAUAAGAACAAAAAUCGAUCACAUAAUUGACGCCAGCGUUUCGCUCGAUCAUUUGCGUGUAAAAGAAUCGUUUCCUAUUUCAAUGCCAAACUCAAUGACAGAACUGGCAACUUUAGAUUCUCAUAAAGGACCUCACGAAAAAUUGACGUGUAUGAAAAGAACGUUGGAUAUUAUUAUUGCAGAGUUUAAAGGUGCCAUAGCUGAUAUGAAAUCUCGAAAUGACUUUUUCAAUGACAGUAAUGACGGAUCGAAUACUAAUUUACUAAAUUCAGAUGAUUUGAUUCCUUUGUUACUUUAUAUUAUAAUCAAAUGUCGAUCUCAGAAACUUCAUACGAACUUGUAUUAUAUUGAAAAUUUUAUCUGGUCUAUAACACCUCAUGAUGAUCUAUCAUAUACAUUAGUAAUUUACAGAGCAGCCUUAAAAUUACUUGAACAAAUUGUGCAUAAAUAA